UUUUGUUCGACGCUAGUUGUUCUAGGGCUUCGUACGAAUCAUCAAAUACUUCGAUUUAUCAGUUCGUACCAAAGAUAAAUAAAUAAAAUUUUCAGUCCUUUACUCAAUCUUUGUUGUUCUAUUCGUCUUUUGGUAAAUCAAUUUGCUGGUAGAUUCCGAGUUUUUGUCAAAUUAAUAUUCCGAUGGGGAGGCGAAAGGAGCGUAGGCUCGCCGCCAUAAGCGCCGCUGGUCGUAGAGUUAAACUUGAUCUGUUCGCGGAACCCUCUGGAGAUUUGGGUGGCUCCUCUGCCCAGGAAGAAGUAGGAGGGGACGGUGCCAAAACUCAUGCUGAGUUGCCCAGUUCACCAACAUCUUCAGGUCAGCAGAAUCCUCUCCUGCUGCUUGAGCAGUACAGUGAUGAAGAGUUGGAUGAGGGUUCAAAUGAAGAACAUAAUCAUGCUGUUGCUGAGGACACAUCUAACGACAUUGAUGAAGAGGCAAAUUCUGCUGCAGGGAAGGAAACUGAAGAUAGUGAAAAUAAUAAUGAAAAAGAGCCAACCACCCAGAAGGUGGAUGAUCAACCUAUGAUGAAUGACAGUUCCCAGGAUCCUUUGCAUAAACUCGAGAAAGGGAGCAUUGCAGAGAUUGACUCUGAUGAUUUGCUGACGCAAACAAAUAAAAUGGAAGAAGCUGCAUGUCCUGCUGCACCCGAUGUGCACCUUGUUGGGGAUGUGAGUUCAGGUUGGAAGAUGGUGUUGCAUGAAGAGAGUAAUCAAUAUUAUUAUUGGAAUACAGUGACAGGUGAAACUUCAUGGGAAGUACCUGAUGUUUUGUCUCAGGAAACUGUUACAACACCUGAAGAGAAAAUCAGUGAUGAUAAUGAAGGUAAAAUGAAAGCUCUCAUAGGGGCACAAAGAUCUAGUGUGACUUUGGACAUGGAAGAAGAUGAUACUAGGAAACUUAAUCUUGAUUCCAAGGUCAAUUGCCAAAGCAAUGAGAGCAUUGAUCAUGGAACAAAAAUAGAUGGAUCUAAUGAAGGUUUUAAAGGUGAUUCUGUUGAUGAUGUGGAAGGCAAUAGAGAUGCAAACCAAAGUGACGAGACUCCUUUGCUUAUUAGCCAUUCUGUAGAAAAUGGAAUUGGUGCCGAUCUUUCUUCCCAGCUGAUAAAGUGCUGUGAGAGCCUGUUAGAGACAUUGAACUCUUUGAAAGGUUUGAAUUGCAAUCCGGAAGGUCAAGAUGUUAAAUUGAAGUGCACAUGGGAAAUUCAAACGAGACUCGCUGACAUCAAGGCGUUAGCAUCUCAUGGAUCAUCUCUGCUUCCCUUUUGGCUCCACUCCGAAUACCAGCUGAAGCGACUUGAAGCUGUCAUAGAUGGUGUCAUUAAAUGCCAUAGUUCUACCUCCCUCAGUGUGCUUGAAGCUACACUGGAAUCAAGUGAAGACAUUGGUGAUGGCACUGAAACUGAUUCAAGGGAGAAGAAUGUAUCGGUUGCUGGUCUGGAAUCUGAUGCUGCGUACAGGGAUAAGAAGUCAAAUUUUGAGGCUCAUAGUGAUAGUGCUGCUGCCAUGGGACAUGUACCCUUUAAGCCAUAUUCCAGCACCUAUCCUGUCAAUAAUGUGGGUGGGAAAAGUGACAUGAUUGAAACUGAAAAGGAAAGUGAAGUAACUCCCAGACCUGCCCUCCAUUCUGGUGAAGAUGUAGACAUGGAUGUGGACAUGGAAGUUGAAGAUGAGCCUUCCAUCAAGUCACCUCAUGAAAGUGCAUCGGGUGCUCAUUAUCAUGUCUCAACUGAGCUGUCAGAUCCGCACGAUAAACUUUCACAUCAGGAAUCCAAAGUGCCAGGGCAAGUAUUUGCUGUUCCUCCUGUUGAAGAGUGGAUUCCUCCCCCACCGCCUGACAAUGAACCCUUUCCUCCACCACCACCUGAUGAUGAACCUUUUCCUCCCCCUCCACCAGAUGAGCCUCCAGAAACCUCAUAUCCUCCAUCUUCUCAUUUGGGAUCAGUUCAACCAGUUCAUCCUUUUCCAUAUUCUGCACAGUACACUCUAUCAUAUCCUGGAUCUAGUCUUGAGUAUUAUGGACAACCAAACCUUGAGAUCCCUGGCACUACUCUCUAUACGCAUCCCGAGGGAGGUCAAGUGGCCGUUGCACAUGUACCACAUUACUACGAAGCAGCUCCAAAUUUAUAUGCUGUUGCUCCUUUGGUAGUCAACCCUGUUGAGUCAACAGCUUAUUUUGGCCUUCAAAAUGAAUCCUUGAAUCCUGUUUCAUUAAUUAGUGGCGCAGUCCAGUCUUCACGUAUACAUAGUGAACCCAUUCCUGAAAUUCUUGACUCUGGUACAGCAGGAUCCUUGGUUUCCCUUACAGGAGCUGGUGCCAAUCUGUUACUAAAGAAUAGUGCUAUUGAUGCUAACCCUGGCAAUGCAACUUUGGCCCCUUCAGAGGUCCAUGACGCACAACCCUCUAUUGGAGCUCCGGCAACUUCUUCAUUGACAGAUGGUGGUUCCGUUUCAUCAACAUCUGACACCACAACUUCUGUUUCUGCUGCGGCAGCGCUGCUGCUGCUGCCGCGACUUCUAAGGCUCAGCCUAAGGGUAACGUUUAAGACCACCUUUAUUCUUGACAAUGCAAGUUUUCCACGUGGGAAAAAACGGACUGUUGCAGUGGUAUCCACUUUGAGAUCUAAUAAGAAAGUGUCCAGCUUGGUGGACAAGUGGAAAGCUGCAAAAGAGGAGUUGCAUGAAGAGGAAGAAGAACCUGAAGAUGCGUAUGAAAUCUUGGAAAAGAAACGACAAAGGGAAAUAGAGGAAUGGCGAGCACAACAAAUUGCCAGUGGCGAGGCCAAAGAUAAUGCUAAUUUUCAACCAUUGGGUGGUGAUUGGCGAGAACGAGUGAAGCGCAAGAGAGCUGAAAAGAUGAAAGAGGCUGAACAAAGUUCAUCAGAUGCUGCUGCAGAUGGAAACCAGCAACCUGAUCUCGAGGAACUCUCUAAGGGUCUCCCAUCUGGAUGGCAGGUUUACUGGGAUGAAUCUUCAAAGCAAGUCUAUUAUGGAAAUGUGUGGACAUCAGAAACAACAUGGUCAAGACCGACAGACUAGCAGGAGAUAUAUUUCUGAAAUUCCUCGAUUUUGCUUUUUUCUCUAUUCUAAUGUUUUGUAAACUAAAAUUCCUCAGUUGAGGUCUAUUGAAACAGCAACAUCCCACUUUUGAAGUUUCGUUCCGUCUUGGAUGGGGUUUUUCCCCAACUCCCUGAGCUAUCA